AUGAAUUUAACUCCUUUUCAAGAUGAUUUAUUAAAUCAAUUCAAAUCACUUGGACAAUUACUCGCUCCAUUUGAAGAUGGCGGUAUUUUAAAUUAUUUAUUUGAACAAAUUACUAUUAAUAGUAGUAACAGUAGUAGUAUUGAUAGUAGUCUAUUACAUAAUGAUAUGACAUCGAUUUAUGAUAAUCAAUCAAUAACAUUAUUAAAAUUGAUUGAAAUCAAUGAUACAUUUACAUUUUUAAGUAAUACAAUUAAUUCUAUGUUAUUUCAUAGUAUACAAAAUAUAAAUGUCUAUAAUGUAUUAUUAAUGAAUCAAAAUGAAUUCAAUACAACAUUUAUAAAUAGUCAGAAACCAUUUGUAACUAGGAAAUUUAUUGUCUUGAUUAUUAUUGAAAUUUUAUUGAUUUUUAUUUGUUUUUUAUUAAGUAUGUGUUAUUUAAUAUUCUUAUAUCCACCUAAUUGUAUUCAACGAAAAUCAUCAUUGAAUUAUAUAAAAUAUUUAAAAAUUAAACAAGUUUUAAGAGAUCCAAAGUAUAAGAAUGAUAUGAAUAAUUCUAAUAUAACUGAUAUGACAUCAGAUAGUUUAUCAAAUAAAUAUAUACAAAAUAAUGAAAUGUCAAGAUAUACUACUGAAUGGAUGUUUAGAAAUGAAGAAAAUAUUUCAAUCAAUUCAUCAGAUAUUUAUAUUAAUGAUCCAACAUACAAUCGUCAACUAUCUAAAAACACUUUAACAAAUUCUAUUAAUUCAUCAACAUUUACUAAUCAUAAUGAAAUACAACAACCAAUUCAAAAUCAAAUCCCUUCAUCAAUGAUGAUGAAUUCAUUACAAUUCCCUAAUCAAUUGAAAGUAUAUCUUAUUUUUAAAAUAAUACUCUAUAGUUUAAUUUGUAUAAAUAUAUUCCUGAGUAUAGUAUGUUUCUAUGCAAUGGAUAGUAGUUUUAUACAUUUUCAACCUAAAUUCAUAGAUAAUACAACAAAUCCAACUGUAAAAACAUUCAGAAAUUUAUUAAUGAAUGAAAUUGUAUAUAAAUUACCUGAUUAUUUACAAGAAAUUAUCACUCAAGGUCAAAUGUAUACAAAUCAAACAUUUAGAAUCAUUGAAAAAGAACUUGAUAAUCAGUUAUUGAUAACUACUGAAAAGAUAAUCCAAUCAUUGCUUGAAACAUAUCAACUAUCACCUGUAAUUGAAUCAGCUGAAUCAAUUUCUUAUAGUAUCAAUGAAACAGUAACAGCUAGUCAAAUUAUUAAUGUACAACAGAAAACACUUCAACAAGAUAUGAACAGUUAUAUUGGUGAAUUACGUGGUUAUGCUAAUAUAUUGAAUAAAACAUUAGAUUCAAUAUGUGGAAAGUUGAAUGAAAAUACCUUAGAAAAAGUGACAUGUAAACAGUUACAAUUCAAUAAUUCAAUUUUAUUAAUCAAUGUUGAUACAAAAUUAUUUGAAUUUGAAUCCAGUUCAAUUUUAGUAUUUUUAAUGAAUGAUUUAAAUAUUAGUUUAAAUUCAAUAACCGAUCAAUUAAUCGAAUUAAAAAUUUAUUAA